GUCGAAGUAUAAGCGUCGCUUGUGCUUUUGGCGUCGUUAGAUGGGAUCGACGCGACGCCGCGCCGUCGGUGGGUCGACGAGUGCCGAGAUAUGUGUCCGGGCUCCCCACCACGGGUUCUGGGAACGCCCCAUGGCCUAUGGUGACCCUCGCGUGAACUAAGAACCUCCCCGGAACGCCCAGGCCAACUCAGUGUCGGGACCGAGACCGAAAGGUCACUAGUAGAGGCUAGAGUGUGUCGCUGGGUUGACCUAUCACCUCCGAUCUCGACAGAAUACGUGCUCUGGCUGGAGAUCGAACUCGUCCUAAGAUACAGGUUCACAGUACAAGUGUCUAAGUGACUUGAACUCGGGUCGUCACGAUGUCAUCGCCUUAGUGACAGUGCAGUGUAGUUAUCUAUCGGUAUCAUGGCACUCGUGGCCAGUUCCUGGCGAGAAUCCUCGCUGGUCAACCCUAUCCCGACUAGUCUCAACUCGCUAUCAAACGGACUGAAUCCUUUACCACCCGCGGGGAAUCUCAACCCUUUACCUACCAAUAUCAACCCAAUUACGUUGGAGACCCCAGACAUUGGACUUAUCAACCGACAAACGCCAUCGCAAAAUUCUCAGAACAGUGCCAAUAGUAACGAUAAAAACCAGAACAUUGAGUGUGUUGUGUGUGGAGAUAAAAGUUCAGGAAAACAUUACGGACAAUUCACGUGUGAAGGUUGCAAAUCGUUUUUCAAACGGAGCGUUAGACGGAACCUGACGUACUCGUGUCGCGGGAGUAGGAACUGUCCGAUUGAUCAACAUCAUAGGAAUCAGUGCCAAUACUGCCGGUUAAAGAAAUGCAUGAAAAUGGGGAUGCGGAGGGAAGGUAUGUACAAAACUACAGUCACCAAAAAGAGACCUGUCUCUUCGAGGUUCGUUACACCACAUUUGUCAGAAGUCAGCCCAAGUAAUCACACGUACCUCAGCAGUUACAUAUCGUUGUUGCUGCGUGCAGAACCUUACCCUACGAGCAGGUACGGUCAAUGCAUCCAACCGAACAACAUCAUGGGGAUUGACAACAUCUGCGAGUUGGCAGCGAGGUUACUCUUCUCGGCGGUGGAAUGGGCAAGGAACAUACCGUUUUUUCCUGAUCUCCAAGUUACUGACCAGGUAGCGCUGCUGAGGCUAGUCUGGUCAGAACUGUUCGUGUUGAACGCUAGUCAGUGCUCAAUGCCCCUCCACGUGGCACCCCUUAUUGCUGCCGCAGGGUUGCAUGCAUCCCCGAUGUGCGCGGACAGGGUUGUACAGUUCAUGGAUCACAUUAGAAUAUUUCAGGAGCAAGUAGAAAAAUUAAAAGCAUUACACGUAGACUCAGCAGAGUAUUCCUGUCUCAAGGCCAUAGUACUUUUUACGACUGGUAAGUUAUGCAUCCACACUUUUUACUUUUGUGCCACUGAAUUUUUUUAGGAUAGCCCUUAUUAUCGUGGGAAGCACAACUAAUCCCUCAUACGGGGCGUAACUAAACAUUGUC